CGAACCCAGCCUUCUUUCUUUCUUUCCCCAUUCUUCUGAUCCUCCACCUCUCUUCUCUCUCUCUCUCUCCCGAGGCCAGCGCUUCUCGCUCUGGAACUCUGGAACUGAAGAGUGAGUUAAGAAGAGAGAGAGGCAGAGGAGGAUGAGGCGGCAAUCAGUGCUCGGAGGAGGAGCUGGGUGGUGGUGGCGAGGAGGAGGAGCAGUGGCGUGGUGGGGCGCCGUUGUCCUCGCCCAUUUAGUGACCCCCGGCCGCGCGGGGCUCCUCGAGACCAACCCCGGCCUCGCCUAUAACUUCUACCAGACCUCCUGCCCCAGCGCCGAGGCCACCGUCAAGAGCAUCACAUGGCAGAUGGUCGCCGCCAACCCAGCACUCGCCGGAAGGCUCCUCCGACUACACUUCCACGACUGCUUCGUACAGGGCUGCGACGCGUCCAUCCUGCUCGACACCCCGGCGUCGCAGAACGAGAAGUCGGCGCCGCCCAACGGCUCCGUGGGGGGCUACGAGGUCAUCGACGCCAUCAAGACCAAGCUCGAGGCCACCUGCCCGGGGGUCGUCUCCUGCGCCGACAUCGUCGCGCUCGCCGCCCGCGACGCCGUCUCCUACCAGUUCCAGGCCUCGCUCUGGCAGGUGGAGACCGGCCGCCGCGACGGCUCCUCCUCCCUCGCCAGCAACGCCGGCGCGCUGCCCUCCUUCUCGGCCGGUUUCGCCGGCCUCCUCGCCAGCUUCGCCGCGCAGGGGCUCAACGUCACCGACCUCGUCGCGCUCUCCGGCGCGCACACCAUCGGCAAGGCCAGCUGCUCCAGCGUCACCCCCCGGCUCUACGCCGGCAACGCCACCAGCGUCGACCCGCUGCUCGACUCCACGCUCGCCGCCGUGCUCAUAAACAAGUGCCCCAACAACGCCAGCUCCUCGGCGGCAACCGUCGACCUGGACGGCAACACGCCACUCAAGUUCGACGGAGUGUACUACACCAACCUCAUCAACAAGCGCGGCCUGCUCGCAUCCGACGCCGCGCUCAUGCAGAACGCCGCCGCCGCCGCCAUCGUCAACGACCUCACCAACCCCAUCAAGUUCUACGCCGCCUUCGCCAUGUCCAUGAAGAAGAUGGGACGCGUCAACGUCCUCACCGCCAAGAACGGCAAGGGCAAGAUCAGGGCGCAGUGCCGGGCGCCCUGAGCUAGCACCACAUUUUCUUCUUCUUGGAUUUUGUAUUUUUUUUUCUUCUUCUUUUUUGCUCUCCUUCAUCCUCCUCCUCUUCUUAUUUCAUUGGCGCGGAUCAAGUAUAUUGUGCGCCAUGAUCUAUAUUGGUUCUCUCUUUUGCCGGAGAUGGUGUAACAUUGCUCCUCACCACAUGCGGUUGCAUCCCUCUUGCAAUCAAACAAGGAAGCGGGUUCGGUGCUUGUCUCUGCUCC